CCACCGUUCAUCAUGUAGGGUGCACAGAUAUUAAAGCAACAUCGAUGAACACAAAUCCAAAACAAUCGACUCACAUCUCUCACUCCCUCUCUCACACGCACACUCUCUCUCUCUUAAUCAUGGCCGUCCGAUCCACCCAACCCCUCCGGAUCCAACGGCUACGAUCUCUCCCCCUCACCCCCCUCCUCCUCCUCCUCUUCCGGUGCUCCGCGUGUCUACCGUGGACGCACCCGCUCCGCUCCGCCGUUGACCGGGUCAACGGCGAACGAGGGCCGUUCAUCGCGCUCGUGAUGGCGUACCCCGCCGAGGCCGCCGCCGUCCGAUCCUCCGGCGCCUUCGUCCCCUCCUCUCUCAUCCCCUCCGUCGAUCUCUACGGACGACGAUUUCAUAUCGGAACAAUUCAAGAUGUCGAUGUCAUCUACGUAAUGUCGGGACAACGAAGGUUGAAUGCAGGGAUCACAGUACAGAUUCUUCUGGAUGUUUUUAACAUCAGAGGAAUCGUGCACUACGGGACGGCCGGAAGCGCGAACGAUUCAUUGUCCUGCGGCGAUGUCAGCGUCCCGAAGUUUGUCGCGUACACCGGAUCUUGGGAAUGGACGAAAUUUGGGUCGACAAGUGAGCCAUCUCGGGAUCUGAUGUUUGGAGAAUACAAUGUACCGACGGAGGGGACGAACUUGUUAUCUUCAGUGGAGUUCAAGACUGAGGAGUUCUACUCAGUUGGCAAGCCAAUGGAGGAAGUAUUCUGGCUAGAAGUGAAUGCAGCAUGGUUUCGAGUCGCAGAACAGCUUAAGGUGCAACUGGAAAGAUGUGUUAACAAAACUUACUGCUUGCCGGAGGCCCCGAAAGUAGUCUUCGGGCUCAAAGCAUCGACUGCCGAUGUGUUUGUAGACAACGCGGCAUAUAGAGAGUUCCUUUUUAAGGAAUUCGAAGUCUCGACGGUGGAUGAGGAGAGUGCAGCUGUGAUUAUGACUGCUAUGUCUAUUUCUGUACCUGUUGCUGUAUUCCGCGGAGUAUCGGAUUUGGCGGGUGGAGAUGCAAAUUGGUCAUCCACAGCUCUAAGUGAUUUAGCUUCUACUAAUGCACUGAAAGUAGCAGUGGAGUUUAUAGCAGCAAUUGGGAAGUAGAGAUCAGCCCUUCAUUUCCACGUAAAA